AUGUAUCUCACGGUCUCAUCCGAUGGGAGGUAUCUUUUAACGGCCGCAUAUGAUGGUGUUGCCGCAUUGUGGUGCGUGGCCAAAGGAGAAGCCAUCCGAACUUUGCGUGGACAACAGGGCGGCCUUUACACAGCAGUUUUUUCACCAAAUGGUCAAUCAGUCCUGACCGCAUCCGCAGAUGGGGCUGCGUGCUUGUGGAGAUGGAGGGCUGGCAAGGUGCAAUGGCUUCUUGCUGGACAUGAGGAUAGUUACAUGCGUUCAGCAGCCUUCUCACCAGAUGGCAGAACUAUCGUCACGACGUCCUCAGACUGCUCCCUGCGAAUUUGGCAGCUUUAUGUUGACGAGUCCCGAGCUCCGUACCUCUUGAGAACGCUUGAGGGCCAUUAUGGUUGGGUCAACACAGCUGUCUUCUCGCCUGCUGGAGACCAGAUCCUAUCAGCAGCUGCUGACAAGACGGCCAGGCUUUGGUGUGCCUCCACAGGAGACUGCCUCAAGACCUUUGCGGGCCACUGGGCCUAUGUUCGAUCGGCAGUUUUCAGCCCGCAGCAAACCUUCAUCUUGACAGCCUCAGCUGACUGGACAGCAAAGCUCUGGAACUCGCAGACCGCCGCUUGCAUCCGCACCUUCGCGGGUCAUUUGCAGUGGGUAAACAUGGCUUCCUUUGUCCAUGGCCUCUCGAAGAUUAUCACGUGCUCAAGAGACAACACCGCGCGUCUGUGGAACACCUUUACCGGCGACUGCUUGCGUGUGUUUUGCGGCCACAGCGAUUUCGUAAUGUUUGCUAUCGUCCCUGCAGUGCUGAAAGACCGGAAGCGAAAGGCCAAAGUAGGCCAGCGGCGCUGGGUAGCCAAACCGUCAGCAGACUGGGAAAAAGCCUGUGCAGGCAUCUUAUUUGCUGGUAAUGAAAGCAGGUGA